GCCUGCCCUCGGUAUUUCCUCUGAAGAGUCAGUCUGUGUAGAGUCGAGCCCAUUCAGGAGGUUCUAGGAGGGCUUAAUCUUAACUGUCAGAGGUGGACAGUUGCUGAUUCUGCUCAACAGCAGCACCAUCCCAGGGACGCAGAGAGAUGCAGCUUCAACUGGCCAUGGAGAACCUGAGUUCCCACCAUGAGGAGCAGCUGAACGAGAGCUUUGGCAACAGGACAGAGCAGAGUCGCGAGUACCGAGUGGCGAGCGUGGCUCUCAUCCUGCUGGUGUGUGGAGUUGGGAUUGUGGGAAAUGUGCUGGUGGUCUUUGUGGUCCUCAGCACAAAGCACAUGAGGACCCCGACAAACUGUUACCUGGUGAGCCUGGCAGUGGCUGACCUGGUGGUACUGAUAGCUGCUGGUCUCCCCAACAUCACCAACACCAUCUACGGAUCAUGGGUCUAUGGUUACACGGGCUGCCUGACAAUCACGUACCUGCAAUACCUGGGCGUUAAUGUGUCUUCCUGCUCAAUAACUGCAUUCACUAUUGAGAGAUACAUCGCAAUCUGCCACCCUAUGAAAGCCCAGUUUAUCUGCACUACAUCCAGAGCUAAAAAGAUUAUCCUGUUAGUGUGGACUUCCACUUCUCUCUAUUGCAUGAUGUGGCUUUUCCUGUUAGAUAUUAAACAUACCAGCUACAAGGGUAUGACAGUGGUGGUUUGUGACUAUAAAGUCUCCCGAAAAUUUUAUCUGCCCAUUUAUUUUCUUGAUUUCUUUCUGUUCUACAUUGCUCCCCUGGUCCUGGCCACUGUCCUAUACUGGAUGAUCAGCAGGAUUUUGUUUCUGAAUCCCAUCCACACUGAUCCAACAGAAAGCAACAAACACCAGAGGGGCGGAUCCAUGGGCCACCAACAAACAAGUGACACCUUUACGCCCAACAGCACAGCCACUUCCAGGAAACAGGUGACCAGGAUGUUGGCUGUGGUGGUCAUUCUCUUUGCUCUGUUGUGGAUGCCUUACAGGACUCUUGUGGUCAUCAACUCUUUUCUCAGCCAGCCCUUCACCAAUCCCUGGAUUCUGCUGUUCUGUCGAGUCUGUAUCUACCUGAACAGUGCUGUCAACCCCAUUAUUUACAAUCUGAUGUCUCAGAAGUUCCGGGCAGCCUUCAGGAAGCUGUACACGUGUGAGGCGAAAUUGUCAGAAAAACAAGCCAGUUAUGAUGUGGCUCUCAAUAACAGCCUUAAGGAGCCUUCGCAUGGAAGCCCUGACCACUUCAACACAGAACUAGAAGACAUCACAGAUCAGUUUCUGCCCUACAACAUCUCCUCUGCUGCAUCACCGAAGGUGGUGUUCAGUCAAGCCUGAAAUCCAGCAGAUAAACGAGUUUGACAUGUAAAUAAAUUUACAUUUUAUUAAUUGCAGAUGAGUAAUGACCAAGACACAAAGGAAGAUGUUAAUAUAUACAUGGUUGUAUUCAGUACUAUACAAGACUCCAAAACAUUCUCGCCAGUGAAAUGUGGAAGGUCACUUCAUUUGUAUUAUUGGGGAGGGUGGUCUUCUAGGGAUGUGGGUUUAAAUCCCGCAAUGGCAAAUAAUGAAAUUUGAAUUCAUUAAAAAUUCUAGAAUAAAAAUCUAGCCUAACAGUGACCAAAUAACCAACAAUGAUUAUCAUAAAAAUCCAUUACAUUCACUAAUAUCCUUUAAGGAAGGAAAUCUACCAUAAUAUCCAGUCUGGGCUACGUGUGGUUCCAGACCCACAGUGACGUCACUGACACUUAACUGUCUCUGGAAAUUAGGAAUGGGCAAUAAAUGCUGGUCUAGCCAGUGAUGCCAAAUACCAUGAAUGAGUAAAAGUAACUAUAUUCAUUCUGAAUUCUGUGUCAAUAUUUAGAGUAUAGUCAAUCUAAUUAUGACUUGUGAUGUGUUCUUCCAGGUUAACAUGGUCU